AACUAAUAAUAAUAAUAAAAAACAUUUCCGGUUUCAUUCAGUGUUAAAACUAGAAAGUCCGCCGUCAACGCUGCUCUAUGCAUCUUCUCUAAGAAGCCAUUAUCAAAAAGCUCAAUAUCAUCCACCAUUGCUUCUUCUUCAAGCCAGUCUUUGUUUUCUUCAUUAUAUAAAUAUAAUGUGUGAUGCUGAUAGUUUCUCCAUUAAAGGCUUUCACGUUUGUAUCCCCACGAGAAACCGGUAGUCUUCUCUCACGAAAAAGCUUCAUUUGCCAACUCAAAAGCCUUACCUUUUUGUUCUUUUAUAACACCCUACUUCAAUGCCCAUUCCCCAGCAUCGCUGCUUCACUGGGAAACUCGGGUCUUCUUUGAUUCAUCGUUUCAAUGGCUAAACAAGGAAGAAUGCAUGUGGGUUCUUAUGCUCUGUUAUUGGUUGCUCUGUUUCAAUGUGGAUUCUUGGGUUUGCGAUUUUAGACCCAGUUGAUUUCUUGGCUUUACAGUCCAUUAGAAAGUCUCUCCAUGACUUACCCGGAUCUAAUUUUUUGGCUUCCUGGGAUUUUACUUCCGAUCCUUGUAACUUCGCCGGCGUUUACUGUGAGUCCGAUAGAGUAGUGGCUCUUAAUCUCGGUGAUCCUCGGGCUGGUUCGCCGGGUUUAACCGGGAGGAUAGAUUCGGCCAUUGGGAAACUAUCUGCUCUCGUCGAGUUAUCCAUUGUUCCAGGUCGGAUCUAUGGGUCGUUGCCGGUGUCAAUCUCGCAAUUGAAGGGACUGCGUUUUCUUGCGAUCAGCAGGAACUUCAUCUCCGGGAAUAUUCCGGCGACUCUGGGACAACUGAGGAGCCUUAAAACUCUUGAUCUCAGCUACAAUCAGCUCACCGGAGGAAUCCCUCGCUCCAUCGAAACAUUGCCGGAGCUCACCAACGUUAUUCUUUGCCACAACCAUCUCUCCGGUACAAUCCCACCGUUUUGUUCCCACGUCCUAACCCGACUGGACCUCAAACACAAUGCCCUCUCCGGUUCGCUAACUCCGAACUCCCUCCCUGCUUCCCUCCAGUCCCUCUCACUCUCCUGGAACCAGCUGACCGGACCGGUAGACAAGCUUCUAUCCCGGCUCAACAAAUUAAAUUACCUAGACUUAAGCUUGAACCGAUUCACAGGUCCCAUCCCGGGCCGUUUGUUCUCAUUUACAAUCACGAACCUUCAGCUGGAACGGAACUUGUUCUCCGGUCCAGUCCAACCCGCCUAUCAAGUAACGAUACCGACCGUCGAUCUCAGCCACAACAUAUUGUCGGGUCACAUAUCACCGAUGUUCUCGACCGUACAAAAUCUUUACUUGAACAAUAACCAGUUCACUGGUAAGGUCCCAGCCAGCUUUGUGGACCGGUUAUUAUCGGCCAGCAUACGGAUACUUUAUCUGCAACAUAACUAUUUGACCGGAAUUGAGAUUAAUCCGACGGCGGAGAUUCCUCUGAGGAGUUCGAUAUGUUUACAGUAUAAUUGCAUGGUGCCGCCCGUUCAGACGGCUUGCCCAUUGAAGGCGGGUAAAGAGAAGACUAGGCCUUCUUCCCAGUGCAACAAACGGAAAGGAUAAGAUUGGUAAUUCCAACGAUCUUGCCGAGGGAACUUCUGGAAAAA